CCAAUCACACUCGUGUACGCCUCACCACACACACACACACACACACACACACACACACACACGGUGUGAGACAUUGAAGACACGUUGGAAGAGACUGGAUGAGACGUUGACUGCAGAGACGGAGCUGCUCCUUUCUCAGUGAUCGGGAUCAUCUGUCGUCAGCAGAACUCGGACGAGUCGGUACACAAUGAAAUGCCAGUUAGUUUUGCCUUUGCUGCUGCUUUGGACACUGUCAGGUUCAAAGGCAAACGGUGAAAUUACAGUGACAACUGUACCAGGUGGGAUUCGGGUGCAUUGUGGAGAAAAAACAUAUAUUAGUGAGAAUCAGACGUCUCUGGAGUUGCCUUACGAAGAUGGAAAUUCAGGAAACUACAAAUGCGAAAAAAAAGACACAGAUGAACCAUCGCCCAAUGAAGAAAUCUACGUGAAGUUUCGAACCUGUGACAACUGCAUUGAGUUCGACACAGGUUCAAUAGCAGGCUUAGUUAUUGGAAAUGUGGUGGCAACGGUUGCGAUCGGAGUGGCUGUCUACCUCGUUGCAUCCCUCAGUGGUCCAGUUAAGGCUCAGAAGACAGGUUCUGGUCGACAGCAUAAUAUUGUUCCCAAUGAAAGGAACAGCAGAGCCCCCAAUGACCAUUACCAGCGCCUGAAGUUCAAGGCCGGUGGUCAGAAAGACGAGUAUGAUGUCAUCAAAAACAGAAGGGGAAACUCCUCCUGAUUCACUCCCACGCUCAUGUUGUGCGACCGCUGAAAACACACUGUACUGUAUAUGCUCUUCUUCUUCUUCUUCUUCUUCCUCGCUGCAUCGCAAACAUCAGUAGACGCGUGUUCCUGUGGUCAGUGUUGUGGCAGCACGCCUGCAGAUGUGUCGCUUGGUCGAAGAGUGUCGCUCUGCUUUGAUGUCAUUUGUCGUUUUGACAUAGUAUUACUCAGACUUACCACUCGCAUGUUGAGUGACCUGAUUCCUGUAUUGCAUUUGCUUUUAUUAAAAAACACGUAAAGACACACA